AGAGGAAGAAGAGGAACGUCUGUAAGUGAAAGUGCACGGUCGUGAUGACGCCUCACAUUAGUAUUCAAGGCGCGCUUCUCUUCAUCAUGUUGUCCCUUCUGCUGUCUCGAACUUUGUGCCAGGUGGUUGCGGAAGUGAACCUCAGGGCCUGCCCGACCUAUGCUUCAGCUUUUCGGGCUUUUACAACCUCGAGUCCGAUAUGUGGAGAAGCUUCCGACAGCGCUUCGGUGGUGACCUACUCGCAGCUGAAGACCAUGCUGGCCAAUCGUAACAUUCAGCUCUUCGACGUGAGAAAUCCCGACGAGUACCAGGCCGGACGCAUUGCAGACGCUGUCAACAUCCCACUGGGCACCCUGGAGGAGUCUCUGAAGCUGUCCCCAGAGCGCUUCCAGCAGAAGUUUGCAGUGAGGGCUCCUGGGAAAGACGACGACAACAUCGUGUUUCACUGCCGAAGUGGCAAGAGGAGCUCACAAGCGCUGGACAUCGCCCGUCAGCUGGGAUUUAGCAGGGCCAGACAUUAUAAAGGAGGCUACAGUGAGUGGGAGGAGAAGGAAGGGAAGUGAAUCCAGGCUGACUCCUGCACAUCUUUAUUAAAAAAUACGAUGAGUACAGAACUACAAAAUAUGAAUGAGCGAUGAAACUCUACUGUUACUCUUGGGCGACAUUCACUUACAGGUUUUUAUCAUGUCGACUGUUAAUAUGUUACAGUUCAGUUUCACAUCAGCUGCUUUUUUAGGUUAACGCUACUUUUGCCAAGUUACAUUUUCUAAGCUACUGAUUGAACCCAAUCGCUGAGGUUUGCCAUACGCUGUGUGCCAUUACUACUCUGUGUGAAGACACGUGAUUCAGCUGAUCAAUGUGAAAGUGGUUGUGUUAAAUAAACAGUGUACAAAUUUCAA